UCCAAAAUGAAAAUGGGAAAGAAGGGAAAUUGAAGAGUAUAUAAGAGAGAAAGGUGGUGGCGUCUACCUCCGCCUACGGUAGAGCAACAUAGAGAAGAUAAAGAGAAAGAGAACGUUUCAAGGCAUAAAAUUCUGACAUGGAUCCAAAAUCCAAAGACCCUGAUUAUUAUGUGCCUGGACUUAUCACCAAUGGACUAUAUGACAAAGAUAUCCAAAUCCCUGACCCUUCUUAUUAUGUGCCUGAACUUAUGAAGGGCGCCACCAGUGGACUAUAUGACAAAGAUAUCCAAAUCCCUGAUCGGUACCAUUUAAAAUCUCGUCCUAGUUCACAUACUCGUGAGCCAACUGAAGCCGAGAAUCAAUUUGAAUUGAAACAGACGCAUCCUUACCAUGUAUUGGCAAUGGAUCAUUAUAACAAAAGCAUAGAUAAUAAGGAAGAGGAGUAUAAGAUUUUAAGUUUGGUCAGUAUAGGCAAAACCAGGAUAGUGUGCUUCGGUUACCUUGGUUUUCUUCAUCACCUCUUUUGGAAGGCUGUGCCUAAAAAUUCCCCUUCGACAGCCGAGCCUAGAAUUUUCUAUGCUCGAGUUCAUGAGUUUGAGGAGAUUCAUAUACCAUUUUGUGGCUUUUAUAGCGAUUCUAUUGAUGACUCAGAGAGCUGUGAGAUUUGCGGUCUCAAGAAUUAUGAUGAAUUCCGGAAGAAAGCAAAAGAAUUGCAGGAUAAAGAAGAAGAGAAAGCAAUGGCAAUUAAUAACGGUGGAUAUUUGUUCUGUCCAAUUAAUUUUAGCGCCAUGUACCAGUCUUCCCAUGGAGACAAACAAAUGAGUUACAACAACAUGUUGAUGUGGCAUAUUGUACUUUCAAAAUACAUCAAUUUAAUACAGCCAUUCAUUGAUUUUAAGAUAAGAACCAUUGAACUUGACAGUAAACGCAUUAAGUUACAAAUCUGGGACACAGCCGGUCAGGAGCGAUUUCGAACUAUUACCACAGCUUAUUACCGUGGAGCCAUGGGCAUUUUGCUUGUUUACGAUGUUACUGAUGAAGCAUCUUUCAACAAUAUUAGGAAUUGGAUUCGCAACAUUGAACAACAUGCUUCUGACAAUGUAAACAAGAUCCUUGUUGGUAACAAGGCUGAUAUGGAUGAAGGUAAAAGGGCUCCUACUGCCAAAGGUCAAGCUCUCGCCGAUGAGUAUGGUAUCAAGUUUUUUUUUUCGAAACUGUGAGUAGAACAUGGUUGACAACCACAUUUUCAUUGAGUUUCAUGUGACUUCAUUAUGUUUUAUAUUGGAAGAACAUUUGCAGAGUGCAAAGACAAACAUGAAU